ACCAACAGAGGAGACUGCUGUGCAGAAAGGAUCAAUGGGGCAGAGAUUCACAUCGGCAACUCGUUACAGGACAAUGGUGCUGCAAACCCAGUGGUUGGUGUAAUCUCUGAAAUCCCUGCAGGGAGCUCACACACUCUGACUUUCACCAGUCAAGCAGAAGGACGUUAUGUGACUGUGCGUCUACCUGGUUCAGACAGGGUUCUUACACUCUGUGAAGUGGAGGUUUAUGGGUAUCGUGCCCCAACUGGAGAGAACCUGGCACUCCAAGGGAAAGCCACACAGAAAUCAGUGUUUGGAUAUGGCUUGGCAUACAAUGCCAUCGAUGGGAAUCGCGCCGCCAAGUGGGAAGACGCCUCCUGCGCUCACACAGAUUACCGCUACAACCCGUGGUGGCGACUGGAUCUGCGCAAAACCCACAUGGUGUUUUCUGUUAAGAUAGUCAACCGAGAUGUCUUUGCAGAACGACUCAAUGGAGCCGAGAUCCGCAUCGGAGAUUCUCUUGACAACGACGGCAACAACAAUCCCAGGUGCGCUGUGAUCUCACACAUCCCGCCAGGUGCUGUUCAUGAAUUCCAGUGUCAUGGGAUGGACGGUCGCUACGUGAACGUGGUCAUCCCUGAAAGAGGCGAAUACUUGACCCUGUGCGAGGUGGAGGUUUACGGCUCUGUCCUGGAUUAGUUUUAGAGGUUUAAUUCAUCUGGAAGAAUUUAGCCGACACUGUUAUAUUUACUCAAACUAAUCGGAACAAUAGAUUACGCUUGAAUUUGAUUGUUUGCAUGAGAAACAAGUAAAAUUCAUUGCAAUGUCUGGUCUUAAACUAAAACGCUGCCCUCUCACUCAUUUCAAAGAGACCUAUGGUAAAAGAAAGCAGGUUGAAUCGCGCCUGUGUGUUUUUUAUUGAUAAUGCUGUUUUGAGCUCUUUGUAAUGCCAAACUUGUGAACUGCACUGCCUCUGCUGCAUAAUAUCACAUCUUUAAUCAUCAUAAAAGAGCCUUACACAUCGGAGCAUAACAUUCAUAACAAUUGAUAUUAAAGCUUUAACAAAACUGCA